GCCUCAGCUCCGGCUCCACCGCCACGAUUGGCCAGCCGACCACCCGGCCUUGGCCAAUAAGCGCCGUCCUCUCGCCCCCGUGUUACUGGGUAGAAGAAAACAAAAACAAACAGAGCGAGAGGGGCCAGAGACUCUCCGAGGCGGCGGCAGAGCCAGAAGAGCGGGGUCGGGGCCGGCUGACCAGGGACCUGGGCGAGCAGCGGCGGGGGCCGGAGGGAUUCUGAAGGAAGACUUCCGUUUGGUAAUUUGUUUAAUCAGUGCAAGUGAAAUUAAGGAAAAAUGGAUGUAGAAAGUGAGCAGAUACUGAAUGUAAACCCUGCAGAUCCUGAUAAUUUAAGUGACUGUCUCUUUUCCGGUGAUGAAGAAAACGCUGGGACUGAGGAAAUAAAGAAUGAAAUAAAUGGAAAUUGGAUUUCAGCAUCCUCCAUUAAUGAAGCUAGAAUUAAUGCCAAGGCAAAAAGGCGACUAAGGAAAAACUCAUCCCGGGACUCUGGCAGAGGCGAUUCGGUCAGCGACAAUGGGAGUGACGCCCUUAGAAGUGGAGUAACUGUGCCAACCAGUCCAAAGGGAAGGUUGCUGGAUAGGCGAUCUAGAUCUGGGAAAGGAAGGGGACUACCAAAGAAAGGUGGUGCAGGAGGCAAAGGUGUCUGGGGUACACCUGGACAGGUGUAUGAUGUGGAGGAGGUAGAUGUGAAAGAUCCUAACUAUGAUGAUGACCAGGAGAACUGUGUUUAUGAAACUGUAGUUUUGCCUUUGGAUGAAAGGGCAUUUGAGAAGACUUUAACACCAAUCAUACAGGAAUAUUUUGAGCAUGGAGAUACUAAUGAAGUUGCGGAAAUGUUAAGAGAUUUAAAUCUUGGUGAAAUGAAAAGUGGAGUACCGGUGUUGGCAGUGUCCUUAGCAUUGGAGGGGAAGGCUAGUCAUAGAGAGAUGACAUCUAAGCUUCUUUCUGACCUUUGUGGGACAGUAAUGAGCACAAGUGAUGUGGAAAAAUCAUUUGAUAAAUUGUUGAAAGAUCUACCUGAAUUAGCAUUGGAUACUCCUAGAGCACCACAGUUGGUGGGCCAGUUUAUUGCUAGAGCUGUUGGAGAUGGAAUUUUAUGUAAUACCUAUAUUGAUAGUUACAAAGGAACUGUAGAUUGUGUGCAGGCUAGAGCUGCUCUGGAUAAGGCUACUGUGCUUCUGAGCAUGUCUAAAGGUGGAAAGCGUAAAGAUAGUGUGUGGGGCUCUGGAGGUGGGCAGCAAUCUGUCAAUCACCUUGUUAAAGAGAUUGAUAUGCUGCUGAAAGAAUAUUUACUCUCUGGAGACAUAUCUGAAGCUGAACAUUGCCUUAAGGAACUGGAAGUACCUCAUUUUCACCAUGAGCUUGUAUAUGAAGCUGUUAUAAUGGUUUUAGAGUCAACUGGAGAAAGUACAUUUAAGAUGAUUUUGGAUUUAUUAAAGUCCCUUUGGAAGUCUUCUACCAUUACUGUAGACCAAAUGAAAAGAGGUUAUGAGAGAAUUUACAACGAAAUUCCAGACAUUAAUCUGGAUGUCCCACAUUCGUACUCUGUGCUGGAGCAGUUUGUAGAAGAAUGUUUUCAGUCUGGAAUAAUUUCCAAACAACUCAGAGAUCUUUGUCCUUCAAGGGGCAGAAAGCGUUUUGUAAGCGAAGGAGAUGGAGGUCGUCUUAAACCAGAGAGCUACUGAAUAUAAGAACUCUUGCAGUCUUAGAUGUUUUAAAAAUAUAUAUCUGAAUUGUAAGAGUUGUUAGCACAAGUUUUUUUUUUUUUUUUUUUAAGCACUUGUUUUGGGUACAAGGCAUUUCUGACAUUUUAUAAACCUACAUUUAAGGGGAAUUUUUAAAGGAAAUGUUUUUUCUUUUUUUUUUUUUUUUUUUUUUUUUCGAGGGGGCAAAGGAGGGACAGAAAAGUAACCUCUUCUUAAGUGGAAUAUUCUAAUAAGCUACCUUUUGUAAGUGCCAUGUUUAUGACCUAAUCAUUCCAAGUUUUGCAUUGAUGUCUGACUGCCACUCCUUUCUUUCAAGGACAGUGUUUUUUGUAGUAAAAUCACUGGUUUAUACAAAGCUUUAUUUAGGGGGUAAAGUUAAGCUGCUAAAACCCCAUGUUGGCUGCUGCUGUUGAGAUACUGUGCUUUGGGAGUAAAAAAAGAAAGUUGUUUCUUUGUCUUAAAGAAUUUUUUAAAAAUUAGUCAUGAGACUUAUUCAUCUUUCCAGGGAACAUACUGAUUGGUCUUAAAAGACUAGACAGUUAAGUAAAUGGUGGCUGGAACAUCUAUUUUUCUACAAAACUGGAAAAAUGAACCUGGUUCUAGAAGAAUGUACACCAAAAUAAAACAUGUGAAGCAGUGUUGAUUCUUUAUUGGGAGUACAUUAUUUUAGGUCUCUUAAACUUUAAUUUCACACAGUAAAGUUUAAAUCUCAUAAAGAAGCAUAUUUGAACCUAGUGAAUUUAAUCUUAGUGUUCCUUGAAAACUUUUUUUCCCUACAAAAUUUCAAGUGAAAAGUACAAUAGUAAAUUAAGAUUACACUGGGGAAAAAAAUGCAGGUAUUACUUUACUCCAUUGUUAUCUGACCUAGAGCUUAAUUAAGUUUUAGAAAUAUGUUAUACCUUCCAUCAUUCCAUCAUCCUUAAAUUCUGUUACCAAAUAAUGGCUAGUGUUACAAAAAGUUAUACUCCAAAGACCCAAAGCUUGACAUUUACCCAAUGUAUGAGAAAAUAUUACCAAUUAGUAACACAGAAUUAUCAUAUAUUUAA